UUAGCGGGCGCGGCCUCCUGUCAGCCUUGCGGGGUAGGCGGAGGAUGAAGGGGCUGUCAUACGAAGUGGGCGGGGUUACGCUGUCGUUGUGCCCGGUGUUAUGGCGGCCGCUGCGGGCACUGUGAAUGAAUUCUCCGGGCGGAAGAGGAACAAAAAAGAAACCGGUGGCCCCAGCGGCAGAGACAGGUCCCGGGCCCCCAGCGCCUCCACCUCCCCCAGAACACCCGGUCCUGACUGCCCCGCCUUCUCCGCAUAAGCGGAACCUGUACGUGUUUUCGUACCCGCUCCUCGCAGUCUUUUCCCUGCUUCGCUUCCUGGCCUUCCACCUCGGUCUGCUUUUCGUCUGGUGCUGCGAGACACUUUCCCGCAGGGUCAUGGCGGACAAGAAGAACCCCUUGGCCCGCACGCUUACGGACUCUUCGUGCAGGACGGCAACUGCGGCUCAGGACAGACGGUCGGAAACCGAUGUUGUGCGGGGCUAUCACCAACAGGCCUUUCAGUAUAUCUCCAUGGCUCUCCGUAUCGACGAACAGGAGAAAGAUGAGAAAGAGAAAGCUGUUGAAUGGUAUAAGAAAGGCAUUCAAGAGAUGGAGAAAGGCAUUGCUGUGCCAGUCACUGGGCAAGGCGAGCAGUAUGAUAGAGCACGUCGUUUACAAGCAAAAAUGACUACAAAUUUGCUUAUGGCAAAAGACCGUCUGCAGCUACUAGCGAAGCUGCAAGCUGAUGUGCAAGCUCAGAACGCACAAAUGGAGGUCUAUAGUGACCGUGCAAACCUACCUUGCCGCAAUGGACAUCUCAAGCCAGAAAAAGGUGCUGUUCCAAAAAAGAGAGAUCCACCAACUCUUACUAGUACCUCAAUUUCACGUGCAAAGUCCUUCCCUAAAAGUACAUCACCUGGUAUUUCAAAUCACAACCGGAUACCUGGUACGGGUGUACCCUCUACAAACAGACAAGCUGGACUUCAUGCAAACAGGGGUGUUGGAGGAAAAAACAGCACUAGACCAGGCACCAAACCAACAACGCCUUCUACAGGUGUGAAGAAAAAGGACAUUAAGAACUUAAGAAACGUCGAUAGCAACCUGGCAAAUGUGAUUCUUAAUGAAAUUGUUGACAGUGGACCAUGUGUUAAAUUUACUGACAUCGCAGGCCAGGAACUAGCAAAGCAAGCCUUGCAGGAAAUCGUAAUUCUCCCUUCCAUAAGGCCAGAGCUAUUCACUGGACUAAGAGCUCCUGCCCGAGGGUUAUUGCUGUUUGGACCGCCUGGAAAUGGCAAGACUAUGCUGGCAAAGGCAGUUGCAGCUGAAUCAAAUGCAACUUUUUUUAACAUAAGCGCAGCAAGCCUUACUUCCAAGUAUGUUGGAGAAGGGGAAAAGCUUGUGCGUGCUCUCUUUGCUGUGGCUAGAGAACUCCAACCAUCCAUUAUUUUCAUAGAUGAGAUUGAUAGCCUUUUAUGUGAAAGAAGAGAGGGAGAGCACGAUGCCAGCAGGCGAUUAAAAACAGAAUUUUUAAUAGAGUUUGAUGGUGUACAGUCUGGUGGAGAUGACAGAGUUCUUGUCAUGGGGGCAACAAACAGACCUCAAGAACUUGAUGAAGCAGUUCUCAGGCGAUUUGCAAAGAGAGUAUAUGUAUCCUUACCAAAUGAAGAGACACGCCUUUUGCUUCUUCAAAAUCUUUUAAGCAAACAAGGAAACCCACUUUCUGAAAAAGAGCUGAGUCGACUGUCACGACUGACAGAAGGAUACUCAGGAAGUGAUAUAACUGCUUUGGCAAAAGAUGCUGCCCUUGGACCUAUCAGAGAGCUGAAACCUGAGCAAGUUAAAAACAUGUCUGCUAGCGAUAUGCGAAACCUUAAGUAUUCUGACUUCAUAAAUUCGUUGAAGAAAAUUAAGUGUAGUGUGAGCCCUUCCACCCUGGAUUCUUACAUUAAAUGGAAUAAAGAGUUUGGGGAUACAACUGUUUGAAACAAGACCUUUUUUGUCCAAUUCUGGAGUCCUUAACGUCAAGCUCGUGGGAAGAAAUUCAGGUUUUGGAAGAUUUGGGAGGCAAGGGGAAACUUCAAAUUGUGCACUAAACGUUUUAGAAACUUCAAAAAACUGAUGGAAAUUAAUAAAUUAUGCUUAGCUAGAGAUUUUGACUUUUUUUUUUAGAAUUAAGAUUUACUCAUAGGGCAUUCUCACUGUAUACUGAAGUACUUAAGUGGGAGCCUUCAGCAUUUUGAUCUGAACUGAUAUUCUCGGAGCUGAUUGCUGUCCAUGUACACCAUGUCACAAACUUGCCUGCUCUGGUAACUUGGCAACAGGAAGACCCGUGCCUUGAGUUCACGUUCCUGCUUACUUGUGCGAGCUCCUUUUCUUUUUAAUAACUUAAUAUAUUGUACACUCAUUGUUAUGUACUAAUUAAACGUUUUUGUAAAUUUGUACCUUUUUGGGGGAGGUGAAUGGCAAAGGGGUAAGAAUAAAUAAAAUAAAAGUUCUAUAGUAAUUUUUGGCCGUGUUUUUUUGAUAUGUGCCAAAGGAAACAAUUUAGUGAUGCGGGAGAUGACAAAGUUUAAGAAAGCAAAUAAACAUGUGAAGCAACUGGUUUGCUUUA